AAAAAAAAAAAAAAACGUCAGCCGGGGACGGCCUCGUCUACUACGGGGACCGAUGCGAAGCUUUUAAGAGUACUUUGUGUUAUCCGUCGUAGCUCUACACUUUAUUUAAGGGUCCACUAAACGUGUUUUUUUUUACUCUGCUGGAGUUGUCAGCGGCAACCUAGCAGCCUCGGCAGCUCGUCGUCAUGGAUACCUCUCGAACCGUUGGCCCUAUAUUUUUCAUCCGGGUCAUUCAGCUACACACUUAACCACACAUCUCAACGUUGACGUUUAAGCUAGUAGUUUAAGCUAGCAGUUUAAACUAGCAGUUUAAGCUAGCAGUUUAAACUAGCAGUUUAAGCUAGCAGUUUAAGCUAGCAGUUUGUGCUAGCUUAAACGCUCCUUUGACGUAACGUCCCUUCCUCGACGUCGUCACAAAUGCGGUUUCCACUUGCAGUUUAGUUUAGCUGACAUCUUUACAAGCCAAGAUGCCCGCUGCCCUUGAGUGGGAUAAAGUGACCCGGAUUGACCCAGCGAGCCUCUUUGAAUAUGACAAAACCCAAAUGGAAGAGGUCGUCAACAUGCUCGUUUGGACAGAAGAAUGGGAGGUGAAGAAUAAAACUCCAGAGAACAUUAUUCAAGUCCUUCGAUUGUUUCAGACCCUGUUGAAGAUCCGAGACCGAGAAGCCACCUUUAGCACCGACAUUCUCGACCAAGCCGGUGAAGAACACGGUAAAGUCGAAAAUGAGCUCCUCAGCCAGGUGUCGAAGCUGGAACAAGAGCUCAAGCAGACCGGCAAAGGGCCAGACACCCGCUUUCUCCGAGAUGAGAUCCGGCAGCUCGAGACCCAGCUGGAGCAGAGGGAGAAAGAGUUGACCCACUUAAAGAGGGAAAUGGGCAAGGACAAGCAAACCAACGAGGAGUUGGUUGCACGAGCAAAGGAGGCAAAGGACGAGGCCAAGAAGCUGAAGAGAGAGAACGAGCAGCUCCAGCAGGAUGUGGACUUCUAUCGCGGAGAGCUGGACCAGAAGGAGCCGCUUCCAUCCAGAGACGAGAACGCCGAGACCCAGAGGAAGCUCACCUCGGCCAACCGGCAGCUCUACCAGUGCCUGGAGGACCUUCAGCGAGCCGAGGAUGAGAACGCACACCUGAAGACGCAGAACGAGCAGAUGCAGAAAAGUCUGGAGGAGUCGGUGAGGGAGAUGGAGAAGAUGACGGACGAGUACAACAAGAUGAAGAUCGUUGUGCAGCAGACGGACUCCAUUAUGGACCAGCUCAGGAAGGAGAGGGACCUCGCCAAGCUGCAGGUCAGAGAGCUGACAGACAAGAUUCACAGCGUGGCUGAAGAGGACGACUCCAUCAUGGCAGCAGUUAACGCCAAAGUGGAGCAGUGGAAGACGGCGCUCUCCGGCAAGGACGAUGAAAUCUUGGUGUACCAGCAGAUGAUCCGCGACCAGAGGGGGAAGCUGCGUUCGGCCCAGCUGGACUUGGACAAAAGCAACAUCAUUGCCUUGCAGCAGGCCGUCCAGGAGAGAGAUAAUCAAAUCAAGGUCCUGAGCGAGGAGGUGGAGCAGUACACGGGGGAAAUGGAGAAGCACACCCUGCUCAUCGAGGAGCUCAAGACGACCACGAAGAAAGACAAAGGCCUCCCGUCGUCCGCGCAGCAGAGGAAGGCGGAGGAGCUGAAGUCCAAGCUGGAGGCCGCGGAGACGAGAGCGGCGGAAGCGGCGAGCGCGGCGAAGCUGGCAGAAGCUCACGCUGAAGAGAAGGACAAAGCGCUCAUUGAGGCCUCGAACCACUUGAGCCGGUACGAGUCUGGCACUUAUGGGCUGGAAGCAGCCAUCGCCGAGAUCAAAGGGUGUAAAAAUCAAAUUAAAGUGAGGGAUCUUGAGGCCGAGGCCCUGACUAAAGAGAUCAACCAGCUUGAGAUGAGAAUCAACGACCUCAUGGACGAAAACGAGGACUUCCGAGAAAAACUAGGUCUGGGACCAAAGCAGGAAGUGGAUCUCACAGAGUUCAGGCGAGCGAAAGAUCUCCGACGGUGGCAGUACAAAGCUGAAAACCAAGUCCUCACCAGAGAGAUUGAACGACUUGAAGAAGAGAGACUGGAGAUGAAGAAGCACAUCCGACGCAUGGUGAAGGAAAGAGGGAUGCCGCAGUCGAUGCUGGAGGACGACGACGGCGGCGACGGCGGCGGCGGCGGCGGCGGCGGCGGCGGCAUCGGGCCGCCGAGCGCUCGCACAGACGGAGAGAUCCGACGCAAAAACGAGUACCUCGAGAAGGAGCUGAGCAACAAGGAACGGGAGCUGGACCUUCACCGAAGCCAGUUCCACAGCAAACUGGAAGAACUGUCCAAAGUGAAGCGAGACCUGGAGGGCGCGCUGAGAGACGUCCUCCAAGCCACGAGGGCCAAUCAGGAGCUCACUGCGUCCGCCAUCGAUAUUCACAGUCUGGAGAGGUUGGCUCAUGCCGCGGACGUCGGCGACGUGAGCGGGCGGUCCGAGCCGCACCUCGCGGCCCGAAUCCACCAGCUGGUGGGCAGGAACGAGGAACUGAGGCAGGAGCUGAAGUCGGCCCGGGAGGAGGCGACCGGCACUCUCGGUCGGCUCGCCGGAGCCACGGAAAAGGUGAGCCACCUGGAAGGUGAACUGGAGUUGUUGAGGAGGUCGGGCAGCCAGGGAGUCGUCCUCCGACCCUUGACCCUCCCCGAGGGCCUGGAGCCCGGCAGCGCCGAGGUCAUCAGUUCCCUGAACGAGUACGCCGUUCGACUUCUUCAGGAGCUCAAAAACAAGGAGGAAAAAAGCAACAAACUCACGGGAACACUGGAGGGAUACAAGCAGAAGUUUUCCGUUGUUAGCCACCAGCAGGGACUCCUCUAUAAAGAAUACCUCAGUGAGAAGGCGGAGUGGCAAAAGGAGAAGGAGACGUUCACAGAGCUGAAGACCAAGCUGGAGGAGCAACGGCAGGUGGACGCGGUUAAAAUCCAAGAAUUCAACGAGCUGCUGGACACCCUGCAGAAGGACCCGGAGGCAGUCAGGAGGUCGCUGAGCGAGGCGUCGCGCACGUCCACGGUGCUGAGGGUGAACGAGGCGAGGCUGACGCGGCGCUACGUCACCCUGCUGGAGCGAGAGCAGCACCUCCGCGAGGAGAACGUCAAGCUGAGGGACGAGAGCGUCCACAUGCGGGCCGCCGUCACCCGGAGGACGGGCUCCCUGCAGAGGCACAAGGAAAUGGCCGCCUAUAAGAUGGCAGCCCUGCAGAAGGCCCUGGACGACAGCGUGCCCUCAUCGGACCUGGAGAGGGCCAACAAACAGUUCACGGAGCUCACAGUGAAAUACAGAGACACGCUGCAGAGGGACGGCCGCCUGAUGCAGAGAACCACCCACCUGGAACACCUGGAGAGGGAGAACGAGUCUUUUCGGGAGCAAAACUCGGCCACGAAUAAAGAACUGGAGAUCACGAAGGAGAAACUGAAUACGUUGGAGCAGGCGUGGACCAACAUCAACGCCAUUGCCGGUGAGAACAAGGCGGACAAGGCGCCGGCCAACAAGGAGAUGGUGUCGGCCGCCAGGCGCAUCACCACUCUGGAGAUGAAGGAGCUGAAUGAGAGGCAGCGGGCGGAGCACGCCCACCGGAUGUACGAGCACACGAGGAGCUCCCUGAGGCAGGCGGAGGAACGCAACGCCGAGCUGGAGGCCAAGUUUGCAGAGUUGACCAAGAUGAACGCGGAGGCCCAGCGGGUGGAGCGCGAGCUGCGAGACGAGCUGGCGGACGGCGUCAGCAAAGCGCUGAGCGACGCCGACCGCGCCCGGAUCGCCGAGUUGGAGAAGGCCGAGGCCGAACUCCGCUGUGAGGUUUCCAAGCUCCAAGAGGUGUCCGAUGUGGCCAUGAUGCAGGCGUCUGCUCUUCAGGCCAGACAACAGUCCAAAGAGAAGGAAGUCGAAGCUCUGAGGAGACAAAUACUGGACUACCAGUCGCACUCGGAUGAGAAGGCCCUCAUCGCGAAGCUCCACCAGCAGGUCGUGGCGCUGCAGCUCGGCGAGUCGGCGUCUCGGGCCACGCUGGAGGCGGCGGCCUCCCGCGUCCGGCAGCUGGAGGCCUACCUGCUGCGCGCCGAGCAGCGGCUGGACGCCGGCGAGCGCGCCCUGUUCCUCGCCCGCCAGGAGGGCGUGAAUCGCAGCAAGCACCUGCGGCAGACCAUCCAGUCGCUGCGUCGGCAGUUCGCCGGAGCGCUGCCGCUCCACCGGCAGGAAAAGUUCUCCGUGGCCGCGGCGAGCCUCCAGGAGGACAGGGCGAAAGCCCGGGAGGAGAGGAGGAAGGCCGAGGAGGAGAGGAGGAGGGCGGAGGGCAGGGCAGAAGAGCUGGAGCUGAGGCUCCGGGGCCUGGAGGAGCUCAUCUCCACGCUGAAGGACGUGAAAGGGGCCCAGAAGGUGACCGAGUGGCACAAGAAGAUGGAGGAAGCUCGUCUGCAGGAGCUGAGGAAAGGCAGGGAGCUGGUGGUCCAGAAGGAGGAGAUCAGGUACCUGAAGAACCUGGUGGAGGAGCAGGAGCGAACCAUCCGCUCGCUGGAAGAGGAAACUGUGCAGCAAAACACGCUUCAAGAAGAACGGCAGCUGGCGUACGAUCGGCGAGAGGUGGAGCUGGAGCGCCACCUGGACCAGUACGAGCAGCGCCAGAAUGAAAUCCUGAGCGCCACGGAAAAGUACGAGGGAGGCGCAGCGUCCCUACCGGACCCGAGUCUCCCGCUCGCUCAUCAGUUGGCGUUUGCUCUGGGUAAAAUCCGGGAGCACGUGCGCACCAUCUUGGACACGCGGGCCGCCUGCAAGAAUGUGAACGAGAAGUUGAAAGAGAAAGAAGCGUCUCUGUGGAAGGCGGAGCAGAACGUCGUGUCCAGGGAUAGGGUGAUAAACGAGCUGCGUCUGCGGCUCCCGGCGGCGGCCGACCGAGAACGCCUGCUGGCCGAGCUCGCCCGGCACGAGGAGGGCCGGCCGGAGCACCAACCGGCCGUCGAGCUCGCGCACCAGACCAUCAAAGACCUCCAGGGGCGACUCGACAAGAAAGAGGACCUGCUGAAGAAAUACCGCAACCAGUUGGCUCAAGCCAGACAGGAUCAGGAGGAGAUGAUCAAGAGGCACCAGGAGGAGCUGAGACUGUUGCAUCAGAAGUUGGACUUGCACACAGACUCCUCCCUGGACCGCUUCAAGCAGACAGCCAUGGAGCUGAUGAAGAAGCCCGCCAUCCGGCUGCCGAGCACCAAGCAUCUGGAGCGCCUGGCCGACCUGGAGCAGACGGUGGCGGAGCAGGACGACUCGCUCUCGUCCGUCUCCGGGAAGCUGAGGCUGGCCACCGCCGAGCUGGAGCGACAGAGGGUCGCCGCGGCGACGCUGGCUAAGAAGCACGCCGACGAGACGUCAAAGCUGGAGGAGAGUCACGCCGCCCGGGUGAAAGCUCUGACCGCUGAGACGGAGGAUCAGGCCAGCCAGGUGGCCCACAUGGAGGAGGAGGCGGCCCACCUCCGGACGGAGCUGGCGGCCCAGAAGGAGGCCAACGGCCGCUCGCCCAGCAACACCAUGAAGAACCUGGUGGAGCGGCUGAAAGCGCAGCUGGGCCAGAAGGAGAAGCAGCUCAAGGCGCUCAGCAGGGCUCUGCUGGAGCUGCGGGCCGAGAUGACGGCGGCCGCGGAGCAGCAGGUCGUAGCCGGCGCCGCGCAGAGGGAGGAGAGUCUCAACGUGCAGACGCUGGUCGACAGACACACCAGAGAGCUGAAGGUGCGAGUGCAAGAACUCAACGAGGAACUUCAAGCGGCGAAGGAGUUCUCCAAAGCAGCCCGAGGCCGGGAGGGCACCCUGAAGGAGGAAGUGGAGGACCUGAACCAGGACCUGCAGAGGACUCUGAAGAACCAGAGGCGCCUGCAGGCCGAAAAGGAGGAGCGUGAGCAGGAGAUCCAGGAGCUCCGGCAGCAGGUCAAGAGGCUCAGCGGCGCCCUUCAGAACCAACCGGAACCCGAUGGGAAGGGCUCGACCGUGGAGAACCUGCAGAGGAAGGUCCGGCGCCUGGAGUCCGACUUGGAGAAACGGGCCGACGCGAGAAGCAACAAGGACGACCCCGAAAAGGUCAAAGGUGAACUGGUGCGUUGGGAGGAGGGCAAGAAAUGGCAGUCCAAGAUGGAGAAGGUGAGGGCUUCCCUGAAGGAGAAGGAACGGGAGAACGAGUCCCUGUCGAAGCAGCUCGCCACCCUCAAAGACCUCUACGGCAGGCUGGAGCUGGAGAAGAGUUCCCUGCACAGGAAGCUGAAGAGUCGCGGCGUGACGGCCGACCAGGUGGUGGCCGUGCGGAGCAGCGAGCUGGAGGCGGAGCUGGAGGAGCUGAGGGAGAAGAACUCUGAGCUGGAGACGCUCGUCCUCAACAUAAAGCAGCGCCAGGCUUUACCCCGAGACGCCGCCUUGGAGAGUCUGACCCUGAGGAACCGCGACCUGGAAGAGAGACUCCAGACCCUCAAAGAGCCGGCGUCCAGACCCUCUGGGAAAGGCGUUUCCUCUUGGGCGUCGCCGGGCAUUUGUUCUGUCACUUUUGAUGCGGCGGCCGGCUCACUGAAAGGGAAAGCGGUUCCCCCUCCGGCUGUGUUCUCCGAAGACUCCGCAGACCAACCGCUAGCCGGGGGAACCCAGACCGGCGUCGGGGGAGCGGAGGACGCGGAACAAGGAGAACCGAGUCGUGCCGGAAACGCAACCCAAGAAGAGGACGUUGGCGCCGAUCGCGUCAAAGAAGAGGACGCCGACGUUGUGGAGAGCACGCGAGUCGCCUCGCCCGCCGUGGUGGUGGAGGAGGAAGAAGAGGAGGAGGAGGAGGAGGAGGAGGAAGAAGAAGAAGAAACGCGGACCACGAAAGGUAGCGAGUCCGACCCAGAGGAUCCUUCAGGAAGACCGGGAUCGGUUACGUCGUCCUCUGAGCCGGCCGCCACGGCAACCGGCGCUGAAGAGGGUGUCGGGGAACGAGACGAUCCCUCAGGAGGAGGAGGAGGAGAGCCAGAAGAGGCCGAGCUGAGUGAUGGAGGGGAAGGUAAUCCAGAGCAGUCCCGCUCAGCAGAACCAGAUGUGGACUCCACGCCGAGCAGACUCCCAGAGAGGCUCAUGGGUAAAAGAAGGGACGCUCGAUCCCUGAGAUACCUGAAGACUUCAGGACGCGGCACCGGCACUCCGUCACAGAGAGACCAGGACCUCCAAAAAGAAAACCUCAAACUGGCCUCUGAGAACUUGGAGCUGCGCUUCCAGCUGGAGCAGACCGGCAAAGACUUGCCGAGGCUCAAGAAUCAAGUAGCAGACCUGAAGGAGAUGUGCGGCGCGUUGAAAAAGGAAAAAGCAGAAGUGGAGAAGAAGCUGACGCAGAUACGUGGAGCCGGUCAGAGUGGCAAAACGGUCCCUGAGCUGGAGAAGACCAUCGGGCUGAUGAAGAAGGUGGUGGAGAGGGUCCAGAGGGACAACGAGACGCUCAAGAAGUCCGCCGCUCCCGCAAAUAAAGACGCGGUCGCGGCGCUGGAGCAGGAAAACGCCAAACUAAAGGGUGACUACGAGAAACUGAAGAGCCAAAGUGAAGCCGAGCUGAGCUCCAAGCUGGAGUCUAAAACCAGAGGGCUGGAGAAGAUCGUGAUGGAGAACGAGCGUCUGCGCAAGGAGAUCAAACGGGAAAUGGAAGCUGCCCAAAGGCUGAGGGAGACCAAGGCCAGUGCGGAGGUGACGAACGAGAAGCUGGAGGCCGAGCUGGAGGAGACCAAGCGGAGGCUGCAGGCCGCUCUGUCCACACCCAUCGCGGAAGGAGCGAGCAGCAAGACCUGGAAGGGCUCCGUGGUGACGAGGAUGUUCGAGAACAAGAUGAAGGAGCUGGAGAAGGAGCUCGCUCAGAAGACCGGCAGUCUGUCCGACCUCAAGCGGCAGCUGAAGGAGGCGAAGGAGUCCGAGGAGAGCGCUCAGAUGAGCGUCGGGCGACUUGAAGACCAGGUUGACAUGUUGAAGAAGUUUCCGGUCAGUGUGAAGACGGGAGGACUCACCAAGGAGUCCCAGGCAACGAGAUCGAUGGAGGCGGAGAACACGGAACUGAAACGACGGCUGAGCGAGUACAGCGAGCGAUACGGAGAAACCUCUUCUCAGCCAGACCACGCCAAGCUCAGGCGCUUCCUGCACGCCGCCGAGACGGAGAAAACCAAACUCCAAGCGGAGGUCGAGAAGCUGAAGGAGGAGCUGGAGAACUUCGACCCCACGUUCUUCGACGAGGUCGAAGACCUGAAGUACAACUACAACGUGGAGGUCCGGAAGAACCUCCUGCUGGAGGAGCAGCUGAGGAAGGUUUGCCAUCAGUUCGGAGUGAAACCCCAACUGCCCGACGUGUCCGUCAGCUAACACGCGGUUACUGUGCCUUUAAAUGACGUAUUUAUGGGCUACAUCUCAGCGCCGUGUAGCACAGUAGUUUUAUUUAUGUGUGUGUACUUUUUUUUCUAACGUGUGUCAAUAAAGCCGACUGUUGAAUAGAAAUCAGAUGAUAAA